UGCGUGGUGUGCGGAGCGGCUAGGUACGUGGAAGUGUAGAGCCCGACGCGAAAAAGGUGGGGAUAUGGCUUCUGUGAGUGUCCGUCCGACCGCAUCUCUGCGAGAAGCCACUCAGCGAAAGUUGCAGAGGUUUUCAGAGCUGAGAGGCAAACCUGUGGCAGCUGGAGAAUUCUGGGACAUUGUUGCAAUAACUGCAGCUGAUGAAAAACAGGAGUUUGCUUAUAAGCAACAGCUGUCAGAGAAGCUGAAAAAAAAGGAGUUACCCCUUGGAGUUCAAUAUCAUGUUUUUGUUGAUCCUGCUGGAGCCAAAAUUGGAAAUGGAGGAUCAACAUUUUGUGUUCUUCGAUGUUUGGAAAAGCUAUACGGAGAUAAAUGGAAUUAUUUUACCAUCCUAUUAAUUCACUCUGGUGGCUACAGUCAACGCCUUCCAAAUGCAAGUGCUCUGGGGAAAAUUUUCACUGCUUUACCUUUUGGUAAACCUAUUUAUCAGAUGUUAGAAUUAAAACUAGCCAUGUACAUUGAUUUCCCCUCACAUAUGAAUCCUGGGAUUCUGGUUACCUGUGCAGAUGAUAUUGAACUGUACAGUAUUGGAGAAUCUGAGUUUAUCAGAUUUGACAAGCCUGGCUUUACUGCUUUAGCUCAUCCUUCUAGUUUGACUGUAGGUACCACACAUGGAGUAUUUGUCUUAGAACCUUCUAAUUGUUUAGAAUACAAAGACCUUGAAUACAGGUGUUGCCAUCGUUUCCUUCAUAAGCCCAGCAUAGAAAAGAUGCAUCAGUUUGAUGCUGUGUAUAGACCUGGAAGUUUUUUACAGCGGGACUUUUCUGGAGGUGACACUCCCUCUCUUAAAUUAGAAUCUGAGUAUGUAUAUACAGACAGCCUAUUUUACAUGGAUCACAAAUCAGCAAAAAAGUUACUUGCUUUUUAUGAAAAAAUAGGCACACUGAACUGUGAAAUAGAUGCCUACGGAGAUUUUCUGCAGGCUUUGGGAUCUGGAGCAACUGCGGAGUAUACUACAAACACAUCAAAUGUCACUAAAGAAGAAUCAGAGUUGGUAGACAUGAGGCAGAGAAUAUUUCAUCUUCUUAAAGGAACGUCACUAAAUGUUGUGGUUCUUAAUAACUCCAGAUUUUAUCACAUUGGAACAACUGAAGAAUAUUUGUUUCACUUUACUUCACAUAGCAGUUUGAAGUCAGAGCUUGGUUUACAGUCCAUAGCUUUUAGCAUCUCUCCAGCAAUACUAGAAUGCUCUGGUAACAUGUCCUGUAUCAUUCAAAGUGUGUUGGAUUCAAGAUGUUCUGUGUCACCUGGCUCAGUUGUGGAGUAUUCCAGAUUGGGGCCUGAUGUUUCCGUUGGGGAAAACUGCAUUAUUAGUGGUUCUUACAUCAUGACAAGAGCUAUCCUGCCUGCAUAUUCCUUUGUGUGUUCCUUAAGCUUGAAGAUGAAUGGGCACUUAAAGUAUUCAACUAUGGCAUUUGGAGUGCAAGACAACUUGAAAAAGAAUGCUAAAAAAUUGUCAGAUAUAAAGUCACUUCAAUUCUUUGGAGUCUGUUUCCUGUCCUGCUUAGAUAUUUGGAAUCUGAAAGUUACAGAGGAACUCUUCUCUGGAAACAAGACAUGUUUGAGUUUGUGGAGUGCUCGUAUCUUCCCAGUUUGCUCUUCUUUGAGUGAUUCAGUUACAAUAGCCAUAAAGAUGUUAAAUGCUGUACAAAACAAGUCAACUUUCAGCCUGAAAAACUAUAAGCUGUUGUCCAUUGAAGAAAUGCUUAUCUACAAAGAUGUAGAAGACAUGAUAACCUAUAGGGAGCAAAUUUUCCUAGAAAUUACUUUAAAUAGAAAACAGUCUGAUUUAGAGACAUCUUAAAUAUUAUAUACUUUGCCUUUCCUGAUUAAGCAAGAUUGUAAAUAUAAGGGUUUUCUGUAGAUGUUUGUCUUUGUUUCAUUGAAGUAUUUAAUGAAGGUUAUAUAAUGUAAUUGCUGCAAUAUAACAUCAAUAACAAAAAUACAGGUAAACCAUGUUUGAAAAAAGAAUAUUUCAAGGAUCUAAGUUCAGGAAAGGGAUUUGGGAAUGUUGAUUCUUUGAAUUAAGAUGGGUUUAUGGAUCAUUGUUUUGUACACAUAAUACUUUAGUAAUUUUAAAGAUCCUUUUCUAAACAUACCUUUAGAAUUUUGUUUUUAUUUUCUUUUGGGCUUCAGUUCCAAUAAAGUUCUAAAUGUUUGUCAGUUUUCUCCUCAAAUAUAGUAAUUCUAUUUUGAACUAAUAAAAAUGGCAUACUGUAGAGUCCUCAGCACUGGAGGAAUGCUGUAGAAAUACAUUUUCAGGAACAAAUUUAUAGCUGACAUUGAGCUUAGAUUAAUGCUUAAAAUAUUGUAAUUAUCUUGAUCAUUAAUGAACAGCUCUGAAAUUGGUGGUAAAAGUCUGUCUCAUGUAUUGGUCUUACAAAAAUGAAAAAGGGUGUAUGUAUUAUUUUAUCCUUAUAAACUUGAACAUGUGUAUUUAUAUCUUAAAAAUUCCCUAAAUUUCCAUGCAUAGGAAAGCGUACACACACAAAACUCAAUUAUCUGUGUGGAAAAGAUGGUAGGAAUAACUGGGAUUUACUGAUAAUAACAUGUUUAUUUUGGACAUUACUUUCAUCCUCUAGUUAAUCCCUGUAACAAAACUGUUAAAUUACCAGAUGGACUGAUUUUACUUCCCGUUUCUUAUUUUCUGUCAUGCACUAGUGAUGAUGUUGAGAGGCAAUAAAUAGCCAAAAGGUAGACAGCAGAAAGGAGCAAGAAGACUAGAAAGACAGAAAAUAUACAGAUGACAGCUUCAAGAAAAUAAAAAUUGGCUGGCAUCCCAAGUCUUGUAUUCCUAUUUUGGUAAAAGCACGUAUGUUAAAUGUCUCCGUAUCAAAGUCUGGUAUGUAUUAGAGAAAAAGAUUUGUGAGAGGCUUGUGUUUUAACAUGAGUAAAUUGUAAUAAGAACUGGUCGGUGCCACUUUAUAUUUCAAAUGUCAAAAUGAAAAUAAUUAUUUAAUAAACCAGAAGUGACUUGUCUGCAAGCUUAUUACAGUAUUUGCCUUUUUUCCCUUUUUUCAAGGUUCUUUCCAAGGACAAAAUUAAUUUAUAUGGUAGCUCUUGUUUAGCAUUUACUGAUUGACUUGCGCAGUUUGCAGAGGAUAUUAUGUAUUUAUCAUGUAUUAAUUGUUCAGUACUGUAUUUCACAGUAUAAUCUAAAUCUAUAUAAUCUUUGUAUUUCACUGUAAAUGUAUAGUGUCAUCAGUUAUUAAGAAUCACCAUUUUAUGUUCCACUAAAAGAGAAAACACUACCAGUAAAAUAUGACUCAAUAAUUUCUUUGUUACUUGAAGUUUUUAUAUUUAUUUGUUGGAGAUCUUUUAAGUGUACAGAUUUUUAUCAUUUCACCCGCUUGCAUAUACUUAUAAAGGAACAAAAUGCAAUAGUGACUUUUCUGAAACUUCACAUUCAGAGUCAAACUUUUCUGAAGAUUUUUCAACUUGAAAGUUAAUUGAUAUCCAGUGUUAAUUGAUAACCACCCAGUACCAUCUUCUGCGCUGUCACACUUAUCGGCAAAGUUGCAUUUCUUAAAUGCCCCCACCACAUUACUGGGGAUUUUCCUUCAAGCUGUGGACUCCAGAUAUCUGUUCUGCAAGUUUUUAAUGCUAUUGGACAAAAUUCAGUUUCAUUUUUGCCUCAAUGUAAUUAUUAAUUAGAAGACUGUCUUUUAGUCAGUAAGUGGGAGGUUUCUGACAAAUCGGUGGUCACCAUUUUAAACAUAAUUCUGUACAAUGUAUGCAUUAUAGUUGCUUUGAAAUGUUACCUUUUCCAAGAAUAUGUCAGUGCCCCUUGCCUUGAGAUGAGUAGUGUGUAGUAUCAUUUAUUUAUCACCAACAGUGCACCUAACUCAGGUGAUAAUUCCAACCACGCAUAAGUGAGAAAUUGGACAUUUCCUUAGGUGUAUUAUUUAAUAAAAUUACAGCCCUUAAAUCAUAUACUUGAGGUUUGUAAAAGAUGGCUAUUAUGUGUAACUAAAUAUAUUAACAUAAGCUUAUUGAUGAUUUAAUAAUUAACAGUGACCAAGAGGGGAAUGAGAGAGAUCCAUUAUUUGGUAUCAAUCUUCUACCUUAAGCAUACACUCACCAAACUAAGCAAAUAACCCAUAGACACAGACAACAGUGUGGUGAGGGCCAGAGGGAAGAGGGAAAGAGUAGCGUGGGAGGGAAGAGGUGGCCAAAGGGGCAAAUGGGAACAUCUGUAAUAGUGUAAACAAUAAAAAAGAAUGUAUGAAUGUAUAUACUAAAUUAAAACUUUAAAAAUCCAAA